CCCGUCAUUGGCUGGGCAAAUCCACUACAUGCGCAAACGCCAUGGAGUUAGCGCCGCAAUAGUUGCCCCUCCUUCAUGCACCCCAUUAAACUCGGGGACGCGUCUUUUGACCACCGACGCGUCUCCCUACAACAGAAGUGCGUUUCGUCAUUCUCACCUUUCAGAUACCUCCGUCGCAAAUACACGGAACAUCGCACAAAAGCCCUUAGAAAAGACACGAAAAUGACGGCAUCGACAGAUCCGAGCGGCUCUGCUGCACCUCCGGCAGAGACCAAAACUGCCCAGAACGGCUCCGUCCGGGCUAAGAGGCAUGAGGAGUAUCAGUACCUUGAUCUGGUGCAAGAAAUCCUCGACAACGGCGAGCACCGGCCAGACAGGACCGGUACAGGCACAUUCUCCAUCUUCGCCCUGACACCAAUGAAGUUCGCCCUCAAUGACGAGGGGAAACCCAUCCUGCCCCUCCUCACAACAAAGCGUGUCUUCCUCAAGGCCGUCAUCGCCGAGCUCCUCUGGUUCGUCGAGGGCUGCACAUCAUCGAUCCCCCUGUCUGACGCGGGUGUCAAGAUCUGGGACGGCAACGGGUCGCGCGAGUUCCUCGACAGCGUGGGGCUCUCGCACCGUGAGGUCGGCGACCUGGGUCCCGUGUACGGUUUCCAGUGGCGGCACUUUGGCGCCGAGUACGUCGAUGCGAAGACGGACUACACGGGCCAGGGCGUUGACCAGCUCGCCGAGGUGGUGCACAAGCUCAAGACCAACCCCUACGACCGGCGCAUCAUCAUGAGCGCGUGGAACCCGGCAGACCUGAAGAAGAUGGCGCUCCCGCCGUGCCACAUGUUUGCCCAGUUCUAUGUGUCGUAUCCGCGCAGCAGAAGCAACAACAACAAUACCGGCGCAGCCAGCGAAGACGGAGAGACGCAGAGGCCGCAGGGCCAUCUGCACUGUCAGCUGUACCAGCGGUCCUGCGACAUGGGUCUCGGCGUGCCCUUCAACAUUGCCAGCUACGCUCUGCUCACGCACAUGAUUGCACACGUUUGUGAUCUCGUGCCCGGCAGUCUGACGCAUGUCAUGGGCGACGCACACGUCUACUGCGACCACGUGGACGCUCUGAAGGUGCAAGUCGAGCGGGAGCCGAGGGAGUUUCCCGCGCUAGAAAUCAAGCGGGAGAAGGGCGGAAGUAUUGAUGGGUGGAAGUACGAGGACUUUGUGGUGCAUGGAUACAACCCGCACAAGACUAUUGCAAUGAAGAUGUCCGUGUAGUGACUUUGGGAGGAGGGAAACCGGGUAAACUCGCAUUUGGUGAGGAUCAUCACAGUACAUUUGAACGACCUCUAUGCGAAGCAGAGCCGGGGUGUCGGCAUUGGGAUGCGUUCAUGGGUAAUGACAUGUAUAUAUACACCGGCAGGACAUCUUCAUCUUCUGCACAGCGUCAGGGAUAAAUCCAGCGACACUGUCUCGUGCCGCUGUGAUCAACUUUUACACUUGGUUCAGGCGUUGGUCGCCAUAUUCUGAAACUGGUUGGCAAUCCGUUUCUUCUCUAGAGCGACUGAUGCUUACGUAAUUGCACGGC